GUAGUAAUUGUGAUUGGCAUUUAAUGUCCCAAUUAAUUCUCUUCCACCACUCUCCCACUUUCCCAUCAUUAAUCAAAUUCGAACAAUUAAUUUCCAUUUUUCACUCCCACCAUUAAUAUUUUUCAAAAAUUAAUUCAUUGAUUUACUUCAUAACGUCGCUUCAAUACAUACACUAAAUUUUCGUCUUUCUUAUAUUUCCCUUCCCUAUACCCACCGCUCUCCCCCCCUCUCCAUACAUACAAUUACCAAACCCCCAUUCAUUCAACCACCCACCCCCUCUUCUUCUUCUUCUUCGUCUUCUUCUCUUUCUCUGCUUUCUUUUUUUCUUUUCUUAUAAUCAGAAAUUAAAUUAUUAAACCCCAACUUGAAAAAGGGGUUCCCUUUGUGUUUCUAUAAAAAUGGCUGCCGAAGUCAGCAGUCUCAUUCGGGUACUCGCCGGCUACAAGGAGGAUGAUAAUCGCACAGCCCUCGGUAAUGGCCAAGAUUCAACGGCUCUCGUUACUCGCGAUUUGCUCGGUCAAUCUUCCAACCUUACCGACUCUCAAGAAUUAGACCUCGAUUUGCAAGUUCCCACCGGCUGGGAAAAAAGGCUCGACUUGAAGUCGGGAAAAGUUUACAUACAGAGGAGUCAAACACCGGAUUCUCCUCUGAAUUCAGAUUCAAAACAAAUCCAAAUGAUCAAUCAAACAGAAUCCAAAUUUCAGGAUUUGAAUUUCCCUCCGUCUCCUUCAAAACGAACAUUAAAUCUCUUCAACGAAACCAGUUUGGAUUUGAAAUUAACAUCGUCCCCGUCGCCGUCGACCAAUUACGCCAGCGUAUGUACUCUGGAUAAGGUGAAAUCUGCUCUCGAAAGGGCCGACAAGGAGUUGGUAAAGAAACGCUCUUCGCUAUGGAAAUCAGCUUCAUCGCCGUCGUACUCCUCAUCCUCAUCCUCGGCGGCGGCAAAGGAAAUUCAAGAAGAAGAAGCGGCGGAAAUUAGAAACUCGGCGGCGCCGAUGGCGGUGGGUUGUCCCGGAUGUUUAUCGUAUGUAUUAGUAAUGAAAAAUAACCCUCGAUGUCCUCGUUGCAACUCUGUUGUUCCAUUGCCCACCAUCAAAAAACCUCGGAUUGAUCUGAACAUGUCCAUAUAACCAAAAAAAAAAAAAAAAAAAAGGAAAAGUUUGGCAAUCAUCCAUCAUCAUCAUCAUCAUCAUCAUCAUCGUAUAAAAUAUCCAAAAGGAAACUAAGAAAUUUCGGCCAUGGCCCUCUCCCUGGAUCUUUUGUUUUUUUUUUUGGGUAUAUGUAAAAUGGAUAUAUUUACACAAAAUUAUGCCUUCCAUUUUUUCCCCCAA